CUCCAAGUUGGUCUUCAGGUGGACAGACAGUGACCUCCGACCCCGUCCCGGCGAGUGACGUCCGCGGAGCUUUUUUUCUCCCGGCGUUCGGAGCUGAGGGACGGGCCGAAGUUCUACGCCGGGGGAUCCCCGCGGCCGUCUCCCUGGCGCCAUGCCUGGCUCACAGUGGGCGCUCUGCGCACGCGUGCUGACCCGGGCCAGCUGACGCCUCCGCCUCCCACAGCCUGCAGUUCCAGGGGCUCUGGGACCCCCCUCCUCCUCCUCCUCCUCCCUGCAGCUUUGCACUCGCGGUGCCUGAUCCAGGCUGAGAGUUGAGCUUCGGAGGACCAUGUCAUUAGACUUCGGCAGUGUGGCACUGCAGACACAAAAUGAAGAUGAAGAAUAUGACAAAGAAGACUAUGAGAGAGAGAAGGAGUUGCAGCAAUUACUCACAGACCUCCCCCAUGAUAUGCUGGAUGACGAACUUUCCUCUCCGGAUCUCCACUACUCCGACUGCAGCGAGGAUGGCCCAGAACGAGAACUUCAUCCUCCUGAACAAUUGGAGAGAAACUGGAAUGAGCACCAAGUGCUGCCCAAACCUUCGAGUGUAAAUGGUUUAUUCCUUGGCGAGAAACAUGGCAAUGGCUGGGAAGAAAAUCAGCUUCCUGGAUACCAUGAUGGAGAAGGUGGUGAUGAAGGCGGAAGUGGAUACAGCCCUCCCCAUAAACAUGAGCAGGCUGAUUUGUAUCACCUUCCUGAAAACUUUAGACCGUUUACCACUGGUCAGAAGCAGGAACUUCAUAACCAACCAACCGAUGUAAUGAAAUUUUCAGAUCCUCAAAGGAACCAUUUUCAGCAAUUUGGUUCAUCACAAAGUCCCAACGGUCAAACUCUGGAACCGUAUAAAGUGAUAUAUAAACCAUAUCAAUCUUCUGUUCAGAGCAGUAGUUCACCAGGGCAGGAAACAGCUGGAAGCGAUCGAUUUGAAGGCUUGCAACAACAGUUUUUAGGAGCUAAUGAAAGUUCUCCAGAAAAUGUGCAGAUUAUUCAGCUUCAGGUUCUGAACAAAGCCAAAGAGAGACAGCUUGACAACUUGGUGGAAAAACUAAAUGAGAGUGAGCGCCAGAUUCGAUACCUGAACCAUCAGCUGCUGAUGACCCAAGAUGAAAAGGAUGGUUUGACCCUCAGCCUUCGAGAGUCACAGAAACUCUUCCAGAACGGAAAAGAGAGGGAGAUCCAGCUUGAGGCACAAGUGAAAUCACUGGAGACCCAAAUACAAGCAUUGAAAGGCAACGAAGAAAAGAUGAUCAAGAAGUCCAGAACAACUGAAAUGGCUCUGGAAAGCUUAAAGCAGCAAUUGGUGGAUCUUCAUCACUCUGAAACACUUCAGCGAGCCAGAGAGCAGCACGAGAGCAUUGUUACAGGGCUCACAAAGAAGUACGAGGAGCAAGUGGUGUCUUUACAGAAGAACUUGGAUGCUACAGUUACUGCACUUAAGGAACAGGAAGAUAUUUGCACUCAUUUGAAAGAUCAGGUAAAACAACUGGAAAGGAAUCAAGAAGCAGUCAGAUUGGAGAAGACGGAGAUCAUUACCAGGUUGACGAGAAGCCUAGAGGAGAGUCAGACCCAGUGUGCCAGCUUGUUGCAGUCAGGCUCCGUACAAGAGGUGGCCCAGCUUCAGUUCCAGCUGCAGCAAGCACUAAAGGCACAUACUAUGAGCGAAAACAUGAACAAGGCUUUGCAAGAGGAACUAACAGAACUGAGAAAUGAGAUUUCACUUUAUGAAUCUGCUGCAAAGCUGGGAAUACUUCCAGGUGACUCAGAGGGAGAAUUAAAUGUAGAACUCAUGGAAUCAUAUGUGGAUCUGGGUAUUAAGAACGUCAGCUGGAAAAAAUCCAAAGUUAACAGCCCUGUACAUCCAGAGGUCCCAGAGGAGCUUUCAAAAGAUGACAUCAUCCUGAGAUUGAAGGCCGAAGUGCAGCAACUAUUGGGGAGUAACUCAGUGAAGCGCCAUCUAGUGUCUCAGCUACAGAAUGACCUCAAGGAUUGUCGGAAGAUGAUCGAAGAGCUACAACAAGUGAAGGAGGAGGAUAAAAGCACCAGGCUAGAGCCUAAAACAGAUACCUCAGAAAAACCAGCUAAUCAUUUAGGACUUGAUGCUUCCUCUUCUGAUGUGAUUGCUAAAGAUGACAUUUUGCAACUUAGAAAUGAAGUUCAGGCUUUACAACAACAAAACCAGGAACUUAAAGAAGCUGAAGAAAAACUGAAAACUACAAAUCAAGCCUUAUGUAAUCAAAUGAGACAAAUGGUACAGGACUUUGAUCGUGAUAAGCAAGAAGUUAUAGAUAGGUGUGAGAGGACAUACCAGCAGCACCACGAAGCUAUGAAAGCCCAAAUACGGGACAGCCUGUUAGCAAAGCAUGCUUUGGAGAAGCAGCAGCUUUUAGAGGUGUAUGAGGGGACUCACUUGCAACUCAGGUCUGACCUAGAUAAAAUGAAUAAGGAGAUGGCCACUGUACAGGAAUGUUACCUGGAAGUGUGCAGAGAGAAGGAUAAUCUAGAAUCUACUCUCAGGGAGACCAUUCAAAAGGAACAGCAGGCUCAGGAGCAGAAGAGGCAAUUAUUGGAGGAAAAAGAAGAACAAGUAAGCAAAUUGCAGUUGGAACUUGAAGAAAAGUACAAAGAAACUCUUGUGCUGGAAAAAAACAAGUGGAUAAAAGAGCAAGAAACUGGCAUCAAGCAGCAGAUUGACAGUGAAAUGAUGUUAGCCAAAGCACAGUGGGAUAAAGAACGGAAAGAGAUCAAACAAAACCUCAUUCAACAGCUGGAAAAGGAGUGGCAGUCUAAGGUGGACCAAACUCUAAAGACACUGAGGAAGAAGACUUCAGACUGUAGCAUCCAGACCGACCAGGCCGCAACCCCUGAUACCCUUUCCAAGGCUGAGAUGGCAGUCUUGCUAGAGAAGCAGAAACAGAAGAUCCAGCAAGACUUAGAACAACAGAAGGAAAUAGCUAUCAACGGGGCUUUGAAGAAACUAGAAAGUGAACUAGAGCUUAAAUACUAUGAAAAUAUUACCAAACAGGUAGAAACAGCUGUGCAAAAUGCUCGUCAUCGGUGGUUAGAAGAACUGCCCGAGCUUGCAGAAUAUAAAGCCCACGUGAGAGCAGAACAGAAGAAGUGGGAAGAACAACAAGACAUCUUGGUGGCCAAACGGCUCUCCUUAGCUCUGUCUGAAGCAAAAGAGAAAUGGAAAAGCGAGCUUGAAGAUAUGAAGAAAACCAUGAUGCCAGCGAAGGAAUUGGAAGAGAAGAUCCAAUCUUUGCAGAAGGAGCUAGAGUUAAAGAACGAGGAAGUCCCUGUGGUUAUCAGGACCGAGCUGGCUAAGGCCUGGAAUGAAUGGAACCGGAAGAAGCAAGAAGAAAUCCAGAGAAUUCAAGAACAGAAUGAGCAAGAUUACCGACAGUUUUUAGAUGAUCAUCGCAGUAAGAUCAGUGAGGUGCUUGCGGCAGCUAAAGAAGACUUUGUGAAACAAAAAGCGGAACUGCUUCUUCAGAAGGAGGCAGAAUUACAGGCGUGUCUGGACCAGAGCCGCAGAGAAAGUGCGGUGCAGGAAGCCAGGCAAUCCCAGCUGGAAAUGCAUCGAUUCGAGGAAGACAUCCUAACUCUGCUGGACUUUCUCUUAAGGCACAUGCAAAAGGAGGACGUUUGUGGUCCAGAGGACUCACAGCUCUUAGAAAUCAUGUCGACUUGUUCUUCAAAAUGGCUGUCUAUGCAAUAUUGUGAGAAACUGAAAGAGUGCAUGCGGAAGGGCCUUCAAGAGACACUCUCCUUGCUCAGGGAAAACGCCAACCCACUGUUGGAGAAGAGAAACAUGGUGAAGAUCUCUGAAGAUCCUUCCAGCUGGGCCACUGCCAGAGGAGACCCUGGAGUGCCAGCCCUCGUCCCUGCUCCCACUUCUGGAGACCACUCUCAGCCCCUGGCCUUGCAGGAAGCAGAAGCUGAUAAGAAAAAGAUCCUUGAAAUUAAAAGUGUAUGCGGUGGAUCCUGCUUCCAAGAACUGGCAAAGGAAAAGCAGGAAUGUCAAGAUCUGAAAAGGAAACUGGAGAAAUGCUGUAGGCAUCUUCAGCAUUUAGAAAGGAAACACAAAACAGUAGUGGAGAAACUCGGAGGUGACAUGCUUCGUUAUAUCCAGGAGAGUAAGGAAAGAGCUGCAGAAAUGGUAAAGGCAGAGGUUCUGCGAGAGCGUCAAGAAACCGCCCGGAAGAUGCGCAAAUAUUACCUCAUUUGUCUCCAACAGAUUUUGCAGGAUAAUGGAAAAGAAGAAGGGCCUGAGAAAAGAAUUAUGAAUGCAGCUAGCAAACUUGCUACAAUGGCAAAAUUGCUGGAAACACCUACUUCUAGUAGGUCCCCAAGCCAAACUACAGCAGCAUCAGUACUGCCCUUGACUUCAGAGAUGCUGAGUGGCGUUGAAAAAUCAAAAAGAAAUGAUGUGAAUCAGAGUGUACCUCGUAACAUUGAAAGCAAAUCAAAUGGUAUAAAAACUAUCCCUGGAAGUAUUUGUGAGCAAGUUCCUAAGAGGAGGGCUGCUUGUAAUUUACAAAAGCGAUUAGAGGAUUCAGAGCACAUAGAUAGAAAGCAUGUGGGUAACAAAGGGUCACCUUCAAACUUUGAAUUUGGGGAUAGUAGUCACAAGCACCUAGAUAUUCUGCCAAAGAAUGUUGCUCCUGAAUUUGUUCAAUGCGAAGGUGAAGGAAGUUUGAUUUCGCACAAGAAGAAAGACCUACCUGGUGUCACCUACUCGGAAACCCUUCUGCAUCCAGUCACAUACCCCUUUCUUGGAACAUAUGGAAAUAAACCCUCACCUAGAUGUACCCCUGAAUCUGGAUACGCACCAACAAUCUUCCAAGAUCCUAAUGAAAGACCUGGUUCCAAGGCGUACACGUGCAACUCACUGUCGGAAAGUGACACUGCCUUAUUUGAGAAAAGUCAAGGUUUAGGUAUGCAGGAAACUCCAGUAAAGGAUGGAGGAGACUUUCUUAACUCAUUAGGUUGGCUUUCCAACAGUGCCCCGCUGCUCUGUAGCAGUCACGAAGUGUCGCUUUCACAGGGUAGGCCACAAGGAGCUCGGGAUACGCUAAGCGAUUCGAUUCCAUUCAAACAGGUUUCAGCACUCAGUUGUCAGCCGGUGAAAUGUCAGAGUGAUCACACUCCCAGCCUGUCAGGAGAAACUGGGUAUUCCCAGCAAGGGAAAUCCACGGUCACUUUUGGACACCCAUUUCAUCAUAAAGCUGAUAGAUUAAAGUCAGAUGUCAAAAAACUUAGCACUGCUAUACCAUCUUCAAUAUGUCAGCAGCCUUCAAGAAAAUUGAUGGCUCCCCUAGCCAGCCAGCAAGACAGUGGUUUUGACAGCCCGCUUGUCAACCUCGACUAAUUGUGUUUAAGGAGAAUCAUGAAUGCAUUCACAAGAAAACCAGAAGGGAAGACUUCAGACUGGAGGAGGAAAAAAAAAAAAAGUCACAAGCUCUGCCUAUUUCCAGAUGCUUCCGUAACCUCUAUUAUAUGAGUAAAGUCUUCUCAUAAAAUGACUCGAGAUAUUUAUGUUGCCUUAAUGUUCCAAAGGCGUGAUGGUAAUGUGGUCUAAUCUGCUUCUGUGUGGUGCUUAUAUUUGGUUGCUUAAGCCAUCUUAUUUUUAUACUUACAAAUUGGCUUCUAUUUUGCAGUGUUAAAUUAUUUAAAUAAAAUUGCAUCAAAUCUG